GAAACAUAAAUACCAUCUCUACCUUUGACUUGAUCUUGUACAUUUCUAAGAAAUAAAAGCCUGCUACACCACCUGCAAAGGCACCAAAAGAAACUGCUAAUGCUUUACCGAGUUUUGACAUGAGUUUAAAAGGAUAAAGAAAAAGAAAAAAAAAAGAAAUGGCAUGCCUGCCAGAUGAUAAGGAGUUCAAGUUCCGAUCAGGCUUUGUUUUUUUCCAUGUCUAAAGCAUUUCCUCACGAUCCCUCUGAUCCAUUUCAACAAAACACAACAAGUGAGAAUAGUGAUAUAGUCUUUUGGCCUUCUUCUGAUACAAGUAAGACAGUACCAAGAUGGAAUCUAAAAACAGUGGAAGAAGAACACGAACAAGCAAAAGUGAUAAGUAAAUUAGAGUCUAAAAUUGCUACUAUCAAAUCAAGAAGUGAUGCGUACUAUACACAGCAAAAAGUGUAUGAUCAGAUCCAAAUCAAUAAUGAUGAUGAACAAGAACAAGAUAUUGAAGAACAAGAAGAAGAAGAAGAAGGGCUACCUUUAUUAUGGAAGAAUAAAGCAAUACCUAUAGACCAAGUAUCCAAGAAAUCAGAAAGUCAAUAUACAACACACUGGUGCUGUUGUUAUUUUUUAUAGAGUAAUUUUACAUGGUAAAUACAUAAAUUGUGCUUUUAGUACACACUUUAAAGUUUGUGUUGCUCAGUCUCAUUCUUGACGCUGCACUAAUUAAAAAUUAGGUUAGCAUUUUGUUUGGAUAAACAAUUGUUUACCUUUCUUCUUGUAUGAU